GUAAAGGGUUGUUUGGUUUCAGCUUUCACAGAAUUUCAGUGUUUCAAUUCAAUUCACAGUUGGAUUAGAUUUCACUUGAUUUGGUUGGAGCAGUUCUGGCACAAAAGAAAAAGGCAAAAGUCUGCAUCAAAAUGAAACGAUUGCUUCAACGAGAUUCGACAGAAAACGACUUCAGAGAAUUACGAAAUCUGUCACCGAACGCGUUUCUCAGUCAUGCGCCGACGAACUCCGAGGCUGCUCGGAUAAUAACCGAACAUGCGACGAAUGGCGUAAACAGUUCGAAAAAACAUGGCAAAAGCACCAAUCAAUCUAGGAAGCAAGACGACAAAAAUUACCCGUCAGGAAUAGGGAGCUCAAAUUUCUACUCAAGGACACUGUCGACUCAAGCAAUUCAAUCGAACCCCAAUUCGUCGCAGAAAAAACAACAAAAUAAUAAAGGCGGUGCAAAAAAGGUCAGAAUCGUUCAAAAUUCUCAAAAUUCAGGAGCAUCUUCGUCGCAAAGCUCAAUCGCUCAAGUUGUUCACGCUGUUAGCAACCAAGCGGUUAUUAAUAACUCGCUACCAAGCUUAAGUGAUUUGGCAUCAAUAGAUAAUACUCUAGUAAACAAUCGAUUGAGGCCCGCAACUUUGAAUCCCGACCCGCCGAGUGGGAACUUCGGUUAUAUGAAUGAUAAUUCGAAUAACGAAGACUGCACAAUGAACAUGUAUCCUUCAGAUUUAGAUGCCACGUUUUACGAGGUAAUGGAUUAUGCAACGGGUUUUAACGCAACGCAUGCAGUUGCGACCUCUAGCGGUGAAAACUUGCAGCACUAUUCGGCGGUUUCUAAUUACGAAAACUUGGAAAUGUGUAGUGGACAAAAUGGAGAAGUUUUACAUAACGGAGAAAUUUUACAAACGGAUGAAAACGGUUAUGUUAUUUCGGGUCACAAUUUUGUUACUUAUGCGAACCACGGGCCUUCGUGUGACGAUUGCGGGAAACCUUGUCAGUGUUCGGAAGAAGCGCACGCUUCGGGCUACGGGUGCUUCUCGUCGGCUGGUACACCAUCUAACUUCGUCUCGUCAUUCGCCGACACGACAUCAAACUCAGCUUCUGAUUCGGAAAACACGAGGCUGGAAAUAGCUCUCGGAUCUGUGGACUCACCAGGAAACGACGAUUCAUAUGGUCGAGGAGAGGGGGAUGGAGAGGGAAAGAGUCAGCCUCUGAUCAUCAACGGCAGAAUAGUGGAGUGUGUAGUGUGUGGUGAUAAGAGUAGUGGCAAGCACUACGGACAGUUCACAUGCGAAGGAUGCAAGAGUUUCUUCAAGAGGUCUGUUCGGCGUGGUCUGAGUUAUGCUUGCAGGAGCAACGGAUUAUGUCCAGUGGACCAGCAGAACAGGAACCAGUGCCAGGGCUGCCGACUGGCAAAGUGCAUGCAAGUGGGCAUGAGGAAGGAAGCCGUGCAACGCGGACGCAUUUUGGCAUCGCCCAGUCCACGCCCUCUUCAAUUGACGUCCUCAAACUACCAGGAUCCGAACUCACCGCACCGAUACCACCCCCAGAACCAGAUAAACCAGCAUGUGCCAUCAUCGACAUCAUCUUCGCAACACCUCGCGAUGUUCAAUCGGGGAUCCAACAUGUCCAGGUCGAUGUCAUCGUCAGACCAUAAUAGUUUAAACAGUCCAUACUAUGGGCAUCAAAACGGGGCCAUGAAUGGUUCUCCGAUUCGAAAUGAGCGCCAGGCUUAUCAUCGGCAAGAAAUGGACCACCAAAGGCGCUUGGAGUGCAAUAGCCCCCUGGAAAGUGAUUCGGGGUUGUCGAAUGGGAGAAGUUUGAACCCUGGUCUGGUGUAUGGAAAUUAUUCAGACUUGGUCUCAAUGUUGCUUAAAGCUGAACCACCAACAGCUUGCACGAGGUUCAAUCAAUCGUGCUCACCAUCUGGGCUAACAUCACCUUCAAAAUCAGGCCAGGGCCAACUUUCUAAAACGCCAAUCCAAAGUAACCACGGGGGGUCUUCUGUCAUCAGGGGUGGGGACGAGUGUGGACGUGGCCACUCAGUUGAGACUGUCUGCGAGAUGGCUGCUCGGUUGCUCUUUUGUGCGGUCCAAUGGGCGAGCAGCAUUCCCUACUUCCCACAGCUUCCAUUGAACGACCAAGUUGCACUGCUAAGGUUAACUUGGAGCGAAAUGUUUGUUUUGAACGCGGCACAAUGCUACCUUCCUCUAAUUAGUUUAUCACAAAACAACAACAACAUUUCGUCAACUUCAUCAAACCAAACAAGUAUUCCGAACAAGAGAACCAACAACAUCAGCAACUCAUCGAGUAAUGGAACCUCUAAACAUACCAAUGGAACCACUUCUCAGAACAACACUAAGCAGGACUCUCACUCCUCAUUGGCUGAGAAAAAGGAGCUGUUGUCCAAUCAGAUUCGACUUCUAGAGGAACAGGUGGAGAAACUACAGAAUUUGAAUGUGGAUGAUGCAGAGUACAGUUGUCUCAAAUGUAUUGUGCUCUUCACACCUGACGCAGCUGAGCUGAGCGACGACAGUCACAUUGAAUCAAUCCAAGAGAAAGCGACUCUAGCGUUGGAAGAGUACAUCAGUCUAACCUACCCGGACCAGCAGGGCCGAAUGGGUAAACUGCUCCUUCGUCUACCCGCCCUUCGAAGUAUCGGAGCGCCUGUAGUUGAACAUAUGUAUUUCGAACGACUUGUGGGCAAAACUGCAAUUGAUACGUUGAUUAAAGAUAUGUUACUGUCGGGUACGAACUAUAACUGGGGACCAUAACAACCUUUAAAAAG